GAUCACCACACACACACAGACCAUCAGGAUGGACACAGCCAGCAAAGCCUCCAGCACUCAGGAACGGCCCAAAUGGGACAAUAAGGUCCAGUAUCUGCUGACAUGCAUCGGAUUCGCUGUGGGACUCGGGAACGUUUGGAGAUUCCCGUAUCUGUGCCAGAUUUAUGGAGGAGGUGCGUUCCUGAUCCCGUACCUUAUCGCGCUGGUCUUUGAGGGUUUGCCGCUGCUGUAUCUGGAGCUGGCGAUCGGUCAGAGUCUGAGGAAGGGCAGCAUCGGCGUCUGGCACUCCAUCUCUCCUCUGCUGGGUGGAGUGGGUGUGGCGUCUAUGAUCCUCUCCUUCCUGGUGGGCUUGUUUUAUAACAUGAUUCUGGCCUGGGUUCUGUGGUACUUCUUCCACUCGUUCCAGGAGCCGCUGCCCUGGAGUCGAUGUCCCAUCAACGACAACAACACGGGUUAUGUAGAGGAGUGUGUGCUCAGCACACCGGUCAACUACUACUGGUACAGACAGACGCUGAACAUCUCUCCAGACAUCGAGCAGAGCGGCUCGCUGCAGUGGUGGCUCGUCCUGUGCCUGGCCUCGGCCUGGAGCAUCGUCUACAUCUGCUUCAUAAGGGGCAUCGAGACCAUCGGGAAGGCCGUGUACGUGACCGCCACCUUCCCGUACCUGGUGCUGACCAUCUUCCUAGUGAGGGCUCUCACGUUACCAGGGGCCACUGACGGUCUGCGGUACCUCUUUACACCAGACUGGACGCUGCUGACCGACCCUCAGGUGUGGCUGGACGCGGCCACUCAGAUCUUCUUCUCUCUGUCUCUGGCCUUCGGAGGACUCAUCGCCUUCUCCAGCUACAACCCCAAAACGAAUAACUGUGAGCGAGACGCUGUGUUGGUUGGAUGCAUUAACAGCGCCACGUCUCUCUACGCUUCCAUUCCCAUAUUCGCCAUCUUGGGCUUCAAGGCCACGAGCAACUUCAACAGCUGCGUCAACGGUAACAUCCUGGAUCUGACCAACGCCUUCGACAUCGGGGAAAAAAACAUCACAAGUGAGAACUACGAGAACUGGCUGACCUAUCUGAACACGAGCGAUCCUGAUAAAGUCUCCAGCCUGAACCUGAAGCACUGCGACCUCCAGAACUUUCUGGACCAGAGUGCUUCAGGAACGGGUCUGGCGUUCAUCGUGUUCACGGAGGCGGUUAUCGAGAUGCCGGGUUCUCAGGUGUGGGCCGUGCUCUUCUUCAUCAUGCUGUUCAGUCUGGGUCUGUCCUCCAUGUUUGGGAAUCUGGAGGGCGUCCUGACGCCGCUGCUCGACCUGCACAUGGUGCCCAAGUGGAUGCCCAAAGAACUCUUCACAGGUCUGAUCUGUGUGGUGAGCUUCCUGGUGGCGUUGAUCUUCACGCUGGGAUCUGGGAACUACUGGCUGGAGAUCUUCAACAGUUACGUGGGCUCCGUCCCGCUCCUCGUCAUCGCCUUCUUUGAGAUCAUCGGAGUCGUUUGCUUCUAUGGAAUGAAACGGUUCAGCGAUGACAUCGAGUACAUGACGGGACGGAGGCCGAACCUGUACUGGCGCGUGUGCUGGAUGGGCAUCAGUCCCCUCAUGCUGCUGGUGGUUCUGGUGGCGUACGUCGUCGUCCAGGUCCAGAAACACCCCACGUAUCCCACCUGGAACCCCAAUUAUGAAAACUUCCCGGAGCCGGAGGUGAAGCCGUAUUCGGACUGGGUGUUUGCGAUCUGUGUGCUGCUGAGCUCCGUUCCUGUGCUCUCCAUCCCCAUCGUGGCCGUGUACAGACUCAUCCGACGGCAAACGCGCUCGCAGUCCGGCAGCAGUUACCCCAAUCCCUACAGCAACCAGGGCUUCACACCCGACGCUCAGACCGAGACCUUCAAAGCGAUCUAGAAGAGACGGCACUAUACGGACGCGUCCCAUCAUUCCCUGCCGGAUGCAGGAGACUGUUUUCUGAAACAAACCCUUCAAACUCCAUCUCGGGAUUUUAAGCACGUUUUUACUUUUAAACCAAAGUGUGCCUGAGGAAGAAACCGUUUUUAGUAAUUCUCUGAAAUUUGUCAGACUUCACUGCAUCUGUAAAUUAUUUAAAUUACUUAUAUAUUAGUGACAAAAGUUUGUCCUUAAACUAUGCGAAAAAAACUAAGCAAAACAUCAAUGACUCUUAUUCUGGAAAAUUAUACUGAGAAUAUAAAACGCAAGAUGUACUCGACAAAUUUCCAAGGUGUAAAUAUCAUGUUUACAAAACUCAAAAUAGUGAUUUUAUUUUAGUGAUUUUUUUUUUUAUUUUUUUAUUUAAUUGUUGUUGUUUUUUUAAGAUAAAAAAUAUUAAGUGCGAUGUGUACAUAUACAGUGCUCGGUAGAUUACUUACAAAUUGUAGUCAGUUACUGAUUCCAAAUUACAUGACAAAAAUUGCAGUUAGUAACGUAAUCCAUUACACUACACAUUUAAGGUCAUAUAAUCGGAUUACUUUUAGAUUACUUUUAGAUUACUUUUGACCGAGCUGGUUUAUCACAUUGAUUUGAAUAAGAUAAUCUUGUACCAUAUUGAUGGAAAAAUACAAAGAGAAAGAAAAUAUAUUCCAAUAUUUGUCAUUAACAACAUUAAAGUGCAUUAAAUAUUACAUUACAUUUCCCAC